UAGAGCGACAAACAAUCAUCUAGUUCGUGUCGAACUGUUCAUAUUGUAUUUAAGAUCAUUUUGAGCUAGCAGUGAGAUCGGAAGACAAACAAUGAAAAAACUCGAUUGUCGUCUGGUUCUUGCGUGGACAGUGCUUGCCGCGCUAUCCACAGAUGCCUUUACAGUCGAUACGGCGGCAUGCCGAAGCACCAAUAUUUACAACCGCGGGAUAACUCAUCCCCGCCCAACGCCGUCGUCCUUGUCGUCCCUGGCUGGACUCAUCGAUGAACCCACCACGUUCAACUCGGUGAUUGGAGAGGCGGAUCGAGCCUUUCAAAGAGGAGAGCAGCUCGACAAGUCUGGUCAGCCCAGACUUGCAAGCGGUGCCUUCCACGAAGCCGCAACACUCUUUCAAUGUUUUUUGGAGCUGCCAGAAAAUUUUGAACACGUUACAAAUCUCUCGAAGGACGACUGCCAAGCCGUCCUAGCGUACACUCUCGUCCGAUUGGGAUUCUUGAAUGUGGAAUCUCUCAGUGAUGCAAGAUCUGCGGUUCGGUUGUACUCGUAAGUUUUAGUGUUAUUUCAAGGAACGACAGGAACUGGAACUCUGAAUCGAUAAGCCACAAAACACAGAUACGUAAUUGCAUACGAUAUACUCUCUGAUCGAUGAUGCCUUUGUUUGAUGUUCUAAUUUGAUGGUCCUUACUAUUGUAGGAUGGCAGCGGAAAUCGAUCCAAUGCCGUCACCAGAGUCCUUCAAAGGCAUCGGAGUCGCUCUUGAAGCAACCGGAGGCAAUGGCAAAGAUUUAGACCACCUUAGACGGGCCGUAGAGGCCUACCGAAAAGCAUUGAAAAGGAGCAUGAAGGCUUCGAUUCUGUUCAACAUGGGUGUAGCUUUAGAACGAUUAGGUGAAAUCGAAGAAGCAGAACCAAUUUUKGAAAGAAUACAGCGCUCGGAAGCACAUACCUCAUGCUUGAGUGAUUCGUGGGGAUACGUCAGGUAAGAAACGAAAUUAAGGCAUAAAUCGGCAUCGUUUGCAUCAUCGGUGAUCUUCACGAGACUCUCUACACAUCCGUAGAUCCCAUUUCUAACCACAUUUUUCAGGUGGCAUACUCGGAAUACUGAUCCAGCCCUACUCAAUCUACACCGAGGAACACGGGACAUGUUGAAACUUGCGCUCGACGCCGCCAUGCCACUUAUCGAAGGCCAACGAGAGAACAGGUCACAUGGAUUGGUUUGUGAAUUUGGUGUUGGCUCGGGAAAGUCCAUGAGAAUGACACAAGAAAUUCUGCCACUUGACAUUGAAAUGCAUGGCUUUGAUACAUUGUAAGUUUUUCCAAUGUAUUGAUUUUUCGUCUUGAAGAAUUUCAUUAGAUUCCGCAUAUGCAUUUUGCUUCUCUUGCCAUCCUUUCUUAUUUUCUAAUUCUCACCAAAUUGUAUCACAGUACCGGACUUCCACAGGCCUGGGGCUCCGAACCAGCAGGAGCAUAUUCUACUGGAGGAAUCAUACCCUCAAUUUCUUCGAAUGUAUUUUUUCACAAGGGACUUUUUAGCGAUACUCUCACUCCCUUUUUGGAAGAUUAUGGUGAUAACGCAUAUGUUGCAUACGC